AUGGUGAAGAUUCCGUGGGCCUGGAGCAGCAUCUUGCUGGCCUCGGCAACCUUUGCGCAAGAUGCGUCCUCCGUCUUCACCCAAUCCUCCAACGACUCCCUCCUCUGGGGCCCCUACCGUCCCAAUCUCUACUUUGGUCUCCGUCCUCGUCUCCCCCAAUCCAUCUUGACCUCCCUCCUCUGGUCACGCGUCGAGGAUUACACUUCGGUGCAGAAUCAAUGCCGCUUCACAUGUGAGCAGAAUGCGGGAAUGGAUGGAUAUGGAUGGGAACGGUAUGAUCCGCGAACGGGAGGGGUACAGGUGGUGCAUGAUCGGGAAAAUGGCAUUGAUUUGGAGACGAGCUUUGUGAAGUUGGAGGWUGGUGCAUGGGGUGCGAGGAUUCAAGGGAGCGUGAGGGAUGAUGCGAAGAUGUUGCAGGGUGGUGAUGGGAAAUUGAAAACGGCCGUUUGGUGGACUGUCUCGGCCGAGGGACUGGGGAAUGUGGUGGAAGUGGUGGCAGGCAACGAUGGCAACGGCGAUGUCGUCCUGGAGGGAGAGGGGAGGGAUCUGGGCAAGUGGAGGAUGACGGUCACGGAAGGAAAGGGCAACUCACAUCCCCUGCAUACACAUCCUUCGGGGGAAGGAAAGCCUUUGGAUCGGACAAUGAUCCAUUCCCUGCAGCUUCCCGACGAGAUCCUCUUCCAAGCAAAGGGUAUCCUCUUUAAUUCGUUGAAGGAGACGGUCGAUGGCUAUCUUGCCGAAUACACCCAGGAGAAUAUGCCCCCGCCUUCCCAAACCUACACCAUCCCUCACAAACCUUCAACGGGAAACAUGCAUCUCCUACAAAAGACCUUCUCUGGACCCUUCCAAUUCGAUGUUCUGUAUUCUCCAACAUCCUCCGACAAACAUCCCACCUCCGAAGACCUCACCAAAGCUCUCCAGGCAACGACAUCGGCCUUUGACAAGAGGUAUCUCGAAAUCCACGCUCCCCAGAAACCCUUUCAAGAUAAAGACGAUUACCUCAAGUUCAGCAAAAGCAUGUUCUCCAACCUCAUCGGUGGCAUCGGCUACUUCCACGGCAACCAACUGAUCGACCGCUCMUACGCUCCUGAAUAUGACGAGGAAAAUGAAGGUUUCUGGCAAGAAGCGGAAGAGGCUCGGAAUCGCAAUGCUCAAAAGAUGGAAGGUCCCUACGAACUCUUCACUUCCAUUCCUUCAAGACCUUUCUUUCCUCGUGGAUUCCUCUGGGACGAAGGAUUCCAUCUCUUGCCAAUCCUGGACUGGGAUGCAGAGCUGGUCAUGCAGAUUUUGAGUUCGUGGUUCAAUACCAUGGACUCAGAUGGUUGGAUCCCAAGGGAACAGAUUCUAGGAGAGGAGGCCGCAGGAAAGGUGCCGGUGGAAUUCCAGGUCCAGUAUCCGCACUAUGCCAACCCACCCACGCUCUUCAUGGUGCUGGAGUCCGUCCUCGACAAGCUAGACUCUGGGAAGUUGGACGACGCGGAGAAGGUGGAGAAAUGGUUGCAAGGACUCUAUCCGCUCUUGAAGAGAAACUUUGAGUGGUACAAACGCACUCAAUGGGGCGAUAUCAAAUCCUAUGAAAGAGAAGCCAGGAGUACAAAGGAAGGGUAUCGAUGGAGAGGAAGAACUCCCAGGCACAUUCUCACUUCCGGGCUGGAUGAUUAUCCCCGCGCGCAACCUCCCCAUCCAGGCGAAUUGCAUGUGGAUUUGUUGAGUUGGAUGGGUUUGAUGAGUAGGAACUUGAAGCGCAUCGCGCAAGUCGUGGGCGAGGCUGAGGAUGCGAAGAAGUUUUCCAAAGUUGAGGGGGCCAUCCUCGCCAAUAUCGACGACCUUCACUGGUCAUCGACAGACUCGGCCUACUGCGACUCCACCAUCGAUCAAUUCGAAGAGAGCGUGCACGUCUGUCACAAAGGCUACAUUUCUCUCUUCCCCUUCAUGACCGGUCUCCUCCCCGCCUCUCAUCCACAUCUCCCUGCUGUGCUGGACUUGAUCGGAAACGAAGAUGAACUUUGGUCCCCGCAUGGUAUCCGCUCCCUCUCCAAACAAGACGAACUCUAYGGCACCGAGGAGAACUAUUGGCGGAGCCCGGUGUGGAUGAAUAUGAAUUUCCUCAUUUUGCGGGAACUACAGAAGAUUGCGAGUGUCGCGGGCAAGGAACAGCAGCGGGCGGGCAAGAUGUACGCGGAUCUGAGGAGGAAUUUGGUGGAGACUGUGUAUGCGAGUUGGAAGGACACGGGGUUUGCGUGGGAGCAGUAUGAUCCUGAGACGGGCAAGGGGCAGAGGACGCAGCAUUUUACGGGCUGGACGAGUUUGGUGGUGAAGAUCAUGGGGAUGGAGGAGACGCUGGGUGGGAGUGGAAGUGGGGAGGAAAGGGGACACGAUGAGCUGUAA